GUGAGAGCUCUGCCAACGAGAUGCAAGAAAUUUUCUAAAAAGUAUCGAAAAAAAUUAAUUUUUGAUAGUAUCAUAUCAGGGAUUAUUGGAAAUUAUGGCUUCUAAAGGUGGCUUUGUUCCGCAAGGGACAGAUGGAACAGAUUUUUUGCAUAGACAGCGCGUUGCUGAACAUUAUCAAAAAAGUGCUCUCAACAAAUCUCGCCUGAAAUUCUGUAUAUUUUUUCACUACCUACUGUUUUUCGUAAUGAUUGCAAAGUUAUCGGCUGACAUACUUGAUAAGCUUGACAUAUUCAUUUUGGAAAUUGAAGAAUUGAGAGUCCCAAAGCCCCUGUGGUUUGAAUAUAUUUGGUGUGUAUCAGUAGUUUUAUCGUUUAUAGGAUUGUCAGCUGUACGUUCAAAUAAUGUCUUAAAUAUGCAAAAGUAUAUGAUUGGAGUUGUGGUUUUCGGUCUAUUUCCUGUUUUUUACUGUAUUUUACACUAUAUGAAUGAUGUCAUUGAUUAUAUUCAGCUGGAAGAUGACACUGACGUUGAAGACACUGAAAUUAAAGUGUGGCAGAAUCUCCCAUAUGGACUUCUAUGGUACGGUUUUGCAUUUGCUGCUAUUCAGGUUCACGGAUUCUCACUAGUUUUUGCAUGGAAUUUGACGAGUGCAUGGAAAUCCAGAGGAUCAAAGAAAACUCAAUAAAUCAUAGGAAAAUUCAAAAAUUCUUGUAACAAAUCUUUGAUGUAUAUCGACAUAGUUUUUUGGUCUACUUUUUGAUCUAAACGAUCUUCAUCCUAAGACAAUAAGUUUACAGUUCAUUUAUAAUUUCUUUAUUAUGCUGUCCCUUUCAUUCAUUUGUAAAACAGUGCUUAAUUUACUUAACAAUCUUAUGAGUAUAGAUGAAUUUUACUGCAAUUUGUUAAGAAACAAUUCAUACAUGACAGACGUUCUGCGGGAUAAACGAAUUUCAAUGGUGUUUUAAAGCGAGUGAGAUGUAAUAAAUUUAAAUUAUAUAA